AUGGACUUGGACUGGUGGCAGCCUUCCAUCAUUGUGGGUCUGAUCUGUCUGCUCCUGCCAUCGCAGAUAACUCCGGCAAAUGCCUGGAGUCUGCCAGCCCGCGAUUCAGCCGUCUCUGCACCUGUUGGCCGGCGAUUAAAUGAAGUCUCGCCAUAUGUGGACCUGGCCUUGUGCCCCAUCCGAGCGGAGCCCUGGACCUGUGCUCGGCAGCAGUCUGCCAGGAUACUGGACGCCUGGGAUGGAGAGCUUCAGGUUCAAUGGCAGAAACUGAAGGUCGAGGCCGAUCGGCAGAUGAAUGCGACGAUCGAACGGCGGGGUUACAGCGCCUCGGAGCUGCCAUUGAAGGAGAAGCCAUCGACAAUACUGAAGAAAAUCGAAAUCGGCACAAAUUACAUGAAGAAAUAUCUGGCCGAGUCCAUGGAUGGUUUCCUUGGCCGUGAAUACGAGUAUUUGCAGACACCGAAAGCGGCUGAAGAAGAUAGUGAAAACGACGACGGUGACGAUGAUGAUGAAACGGAUGCUGCGGAAGAUACUGAUACCAGUGAUGCCGCCGAGGAGACUGCCGACGAGGAGGAGGAUGCUGCCAAGGAUGGGGAGGAGGAGGAUGAUGAUGACGACGAUGAGGACGAGAAUGACGAUGCCUCGGAUAGCACAGCGGAGCAGGAUGCUCAGGACACAGAGGCCGAGGCGGAGAACGAUGACGAGGAUGUGGAUGAGGCGGCAUCGGAGCCAGAGAAGGAAGCGGAAAAGGAAACGGUGCCCAGUAUUUUCAGCGGUCAGCCAGCGACGCCAGCAGCGACGCAGGACGAUGGCAAAAGUCCUGUUUUCAGCGAGGCCAACACUUCCUCAGGUGUGGAAUUCAUCGAACUCCAAGAUGGUGACGAAACUGCUGCUGGUGCCUUGAAAAAACCCGGCGGCGGUGGAGGAAAGCGAAAGAAGAACAAGAAGAAGAAGGGUGGCAAACGGAAGAAGAACAAGAAGGGUCAGGGACAGGACACGCAACCCGCCACUUUGGUGGUGGUCCAGCAAGCGCCCGAGCACCACGAGGUGGACCAUGGCCAUGGCAGCGAUUCCGCGAUAUUUAGCCACGGGAGCAGCCAUGAUGACGAUGACGACACCGUUGCUGUGAAGCCCAUGAGGAAGCGGAAGCAGAAGCGCCGCAUGAAGGGCAAGCGGAAGCGGAAGGGUCAGCAUGGCGGAUCCAAUUCCGUGGUGGAGCACGAGCAGAGCGACUUGAGUCUGGGACUGGGCCUUCUCGACGAGCUGGUCGAUGCGGACGACUAUGCCGGCGGCAAGCGGAAGCACAGGAAUCCACUUAAUUAUGGUAGAAGUAACGGAGUAACUCGCGGCAAGAAGAAGAAGAAGAAGAAGGCCAUCGCUAAAUUCAUGCUAAUUGGCAGCUUCCUGAAGGCCAAAAUUGAACUGCUGCUAAAGAUUCUCGGAGCCCAUCUGCAGGUCAAGUUCUUUGCCAUCGCCUUAAUUGGUCUGCUUAUUAAUAUAGCCAGAUUCUGGAUCGACGUUAAGCGCGGCAGUCCCCCGUCCAAGCACCACUACGAGGAUCACGGCGACGACUGGAGCGAGCAGGGUAGCUAUUGGAAGCGAUCCCUGCAGACGGAUCCCUCCAUUGAGGACACCGACUCCUCCACGGACAGCUACCAGCUGCGACAGGCACAGCCGCAGCAGCAGCUCGGCACCCAGGAUCCCCACUAUCUGGCCUAUCGCAACCAGUACCAGUGGCAGUAG